ACAGAGCUCCACGGUCUGCAGGGACGGAGAAUCCGAGUAAACAUCUCCAAACACGGACAGCCGCUUCCGUUGGCAGCGCUUCCUGAAGGGCUGAACCAACGUCCGUAAACCCAGCAAUUAGCAAGGAGGGUACAGAAAAGCGACUUCGAUGCAGAAAUGGCCACCUCAGUAACAGAAUGUGGAAAUGUGAGGAUCAUCACACAAGUCAUCCAGCAGAAACAUUCUAAGGUAGCAGAGGUGACCAGUGAGUCGGGGUCGACUUCCAAUCUAUCACAGCUCACAUCAAUCCAGCCCCAAAAUUUCACAAAUGCACUGCCCAAGGCACUUGGGGUUGUACAGAUUUUUCUGGGCGUUGUACAGAUUAGCUUUGGCAUUGCCUUGACAGUAGGACAAGAAGACCUCAAGAAACUCACUGUGAAUAGUGGGGUCUACUUCUGGAUUGGAAUCUUGCUCCUGCUCUCUGGGGCCUUGUUGGUGGAAAUGGAGAAACGAGAUCAUGCAUUGCUGGGGGAAGUCUGUUUGUAUCUCAACUUGGUGGUUGGUGUGGCUGCAGUAGUAGCUGUAAUCCUCCAUGGUACCGAGAUUGGAAAAGAGGCUUCAAAAGGAGACCCCUGCACUGGCUUUGAACAUUAUCAUUGCUCCUCCAGUGGACAGGUGCUUGUGUAUGGCCUGAACUCAGUGUUCAUCAUCAUUUCACUGCUUGAACUGGCCAUCUCUCUCACUGCUGCAGUGGUUGCAUUCAGAUCUAGAAGACAGCAGUCCUACAGACAGAUGGCAUCGAAAUAGAAAAAAGGCUUCUCUCCACUCUCUUGGUCAUACCACUUGCAGCAGCACUGAGCACGCACUUAAGGUUUUCCUUGUUUGCAGCUACGCAGCUGUGAAUUUCUUAGACUCUUGGCCUUUCCCGGAUGGAUUCCCGUCAUGAAAAGAAAAAAAGUUUCUGAAUCCUGAUGAAGUUUUGUUCUCCAGAGAAGAAAAACUCUUGCCAGUUUAUUUGCACUGUAAACUCUUCUUUAUAACAGAGACUGUUCAGUAAUACCAGAGCCCUCUGUACUUCUGUACAAUAUCAAGAAAGAAUACUUUCUAUGCCUUCCAAAGCUAAUUUUGAGCUCUCCCUCCUGUCCCAGGGAGAUGAUAAACCAUAUUCUCCUCUGUUGUAGCUAGGAUGUGUAUGUGAAAGGGACAGAGAGCAGUGAAAUGAAUUGAUCGAUCCUUGGAUUUUCUGAACUUUUUCCAAUAACACUUUUGAUCAUGGAAAUGCUUUUGGGAGGAUUUCCAUGGUGGAAGUUACAUUGAAACUGAAGGUCCGUGUGAUUUUUUAAAAAAAUACUGUGGGCAUUAGAGCUGGUCAGUAAACUAGUAGCUUACUAGUAGAUCUCUCUGGAAAAAUUAGUGUGGUUUUUUCAACAUUUGCAUUGUUAUUCAUGUUUAUUCUCCUAUAGGAAGAAUUGUGGUUAAGCCUUCUCAGGGAAAGUGUUGCAUCAGUGCCUAAAGCUGUUUGUAACCAGUGGAUAAAUGACAAAAUCUACCCACACAUCUGCCAAAGAUCCUACCUAGUGCAACUUCCCCCAAUAUAUAAACAACAAAAAUGUAAAAUUUGAUGUUUGAAUGGGUUUAUAUACUUAUAUGUUACCACUUUUUAUAAGGGACACUGAACUGUGCCUCUUAAAUAGCACUUGAGAUAAAUUAUCUCACGUCUGGUUGAGAUAAUUCACCAGAAGGAAGAAUCUGACAGGAGAGAACUCCAGCCUACUUCUAGUGCUACUUGGAGGUAGAUGGCAGUUACUUCACAGAGAUAUCCAAAAGAUUAUGAGUUGGAUCCAAGGUGCCUUCUGCCUACACACCAGGGAGGUAUUCUCAGUCUCCUUGGAUUCCUACUUGAGAAGCAGCUGCCAGUCCUGCAUCCUAUGCUAUUCAUAAGGGUCUCUGGACCUCAGGAGCAGAUUCUCAAGUGGCCAGGCUGCAGGAAAUAGGGGGAAAUGAGAAGAUCUGUUCCAAAAAUGGAAGUACUGCUUGCUGUGAAAUGGAAUGCUAUAAGAAAAUGUUAAUAUUAUGCACAAUCUUCAUUUGGAGGCAAACACGCUGAUGACAGAGACAUUUUUUCUCAAAUUAUUUUGUUGCAGUAAAGGAGUAGGAAAAGAAUGUGAAUACAAUAAUAAUUUUACUGUAUCUUUUCUCUAAUAUACUACAUUCAGAAAAUAGCCAAGACUUACUGUUCAAGAUCCAAUGUAUAAACCAAAGUGAGACAUUCAAUAGCGGCUGUUCCAUUUAAUGGAAAUCAAAUAAGCUAUUUUGAUCAAGAACUUUGACAAAAUAUAUUAAAGGGUGAUAGCAUGGAGUAUUGUUUUCCCAUGAUAGAAGAAAUAAGGAAAGAUGAGCCAGUUCGUGCAUUCAGCAGAAUCAAGUGGUUUUUUGAGUCAGCAGAAUCAAAUGAUUCUUUUUUAAAUAAUAUAACUUCAUACUCUAAUGGCUGGAUUAUAUGCUUGAAUACUCUCCUGUGGAAAAAAUCCCCACACAUAGAAAAACAGCAUGUUAUGGAGAAGUAGUCUAGGCCGCAUUCAUCUCUAUUGCAUGCUAAUUUUAUAGGGACAAGAAAGAUUUUAGAGUGGGGAACAUUCAAGAAAACAGUUCCCCAUUUGCAUUCUGAGGUAGUACAUUCCAGGAAAAGCUAUGACACAUUUCUGCUAAUUGUGCACAUUAGCCUGAAUUUAUUUUCAGCAAAACAGUGUGAGAACCACCCCUACAAGAAAUGUCUGUGUCUGUAUCUGAUUCCCUUUUUUCUGUCACUUCAAUGAAAACUCAGUUAUCUUUACAGAAUCUUCACUAUGUUACUCUCUGUUAAAACUUUUUUAUUAACAAGGCUUCAAGUAUUUUGAGAACUUAUCUUAAGGUUGCAUCUGCCAGAAUGGAUGUUGGUUUAUAUAGUACAAUAAAUUUGUUAAGGAUUUAAGGUACCAUCAGAUUCUUUAUCAUUAUGGGUACAGCACACUAAUAUGAAAUUUCUCUGGAAUUUAUCUUCGAGAACUUCAGAGAUACUUAUGCAGUUUUCUUUGAGGGGAACAUGCCUGAAAUCACUGCUGUAAUUAAAAUAACUUCAGAAGGAUUAUUACAUGGGCCUACUUGUGUAUAUUGGUAUGAUCUUUAACUACAUAAAAUCCACAAUUUAAAACUUAGCAUAUAAAAUUGUCUUAUUUGACAUAUUUAUGGAAUUUAGAAAUAUAAAUGGCUUAGUUUUCUACUAGCAAAAUUGUGAAAGCUUGAGAAGGCUAAAAACUGCUGCACCCUAUGCUACCUUAGCACACGUUUUUGCCAUCUGAGAGGGAAAAAGUUGAAAAUGGAAAAUAACUUUUAUGAUAAAGUGUGGUAUUUGGACAAAAAUAGUCUCAGACAUUCAUAACAGGGCUAGCAGCAUGUUUGGAUAUCAUGUUAAAAUUUAUAACAUGGAAAACUAUGAGUACUUCAAUAGGGUUAUAUUACCAUACCCAUUAUAGCAUAUUCCAUACAAAAUUAGUCACGUUUAAAUGAUGUAUCUUUGUACAAUGUAUCUUGUACACAGGAAUUAUCUGUAUGUUGUCUUAUAUAAAAUAUUCAUAAUAUACUUUUUGAGUGAGUUAUACCUUCUCUAAAAAUGUAUUUCACUCAUUCCAAAAGAAAAAAAAUCUUGAAAGAGCUUCUUAAAAUCUCCAGUUUUUCCACUGUAUAAAUGGUGGGGGGAAGGGAAGGGAUCCUUGGGGAAAAAAUCUUACUUUCAUACCACGAGUUUGGAUGACAUGUGAAUGAACAUAGGGUCAAUUUAGACAUAGUAUCCCACCUUUAUAACCUAGUACAUAAAUAUGAGCGAUUACACUAGGUUUAUUUGAAUUACCCAUUGAAAUAAGCAAGUAUCCUAAAUUGCACUAGUAUUGUGAAGAUGAAUGUAUUGCUGGCAUGGUGUAUUCAAUGGAAUAAUUUUGUACCUAAACCAAGCCGACUUUCUUGUUUUAUAUAGCAUCUCAAGCUUGACCAUGAGGGUUAUGUAGCACCUGCCUCCCAUCUGUGUUCCGAUUAAAAUGUAUUUGUCACUGUG